UUGAAUUUGUUUCACCCUCAUCUCUCUCUUUUUUCCCUUUCGAUCAAUGAGUUUCAUGCGAUCUCAAUAAACACAGACGGCUUUUGCAAAUAUUACCAUCAAAUCAAGAGCUCGACCUUCGGUAUCUUAACUUUCUCGAAAAUCUUAAAACAGUAGGAAGAAUCGAAGUUGCAGUCGAACAUUGGAGGCAGAGAUCUCUAAAUGAGUGGAAAUAAUGGUCAACCAUAGAGGUCACCAUUCCAAAAAUCUAUCCACAUUCAGAAAUAGAAAAUCUUCUUUCCUGUCAUUCACUUUGUACGUGAUCAUUCUCUUUGCUCUUUCAAUCUUCAUUUUCAUGCUAUACAGCAAGGAUAUCUUGGACGAUGAACAUAAUACUCCUCUUCUUAGAGUCGAGAAUUCAAAACACAAGCAGCUAUUAGAGAAUCAACUUUGGGAAGCUCCUUCUAGUCAUGGUUUGCAUCCAUGUGUCAAGCCAACCAGUAAAUAUAAAGCUGCGCCUGUCUUGGAUCGAUAUAUGACUGUCCGAUGUAAUGGAGGAUUAAAUCAAAUGCGAACUGGGAUAGCUGAUAUGGUGGCUGUGGCACGCAUCAUGAACACAACAUUAGUGAUUCCUCAACUGGACAAGAGUUCAUUCUGGCAGGAUACUAGUACUUUCUCUGAUAUAUUCGAUGAGGUUCAUUUCAUCAAAUCUUUACAACAAGAUGUAAGGAUUGUGAAGGAGCUUCCUAAAGAAUUAGCAUCUUUACCUCGAGCCAGGAAGCACUUUACAUCAUGGGCUGGUCUGAGCUACUAUGAGGAAAUGAUGGAAUUAUGGAAGGACCAUCAGGUAAUUCAUGUUGCAAAAUCAGAUGCUAGACUUGCAAACAAUUAUCUGCCUCUUGACAUACAGAGGUUAAGAUGUCGUGCUCUAUACCAUGCUCUUCGCUUCUCUCCUUCUAUCGAGAGUCUGGGAAAGAAGCUCAUGGAGCGGCUGCGAUCACGUGCAAAAAGAUACAUUGCCCUUCAUCUAAGAUAUGAGAAAGAUAUGCUGUCUUUUACUGGAUGUACAUAUGGGCUUAGCGAUGCAGAAUCAGAGGAGCUCAGAGUAAUGAGGGAAAAAACAAGUCAUUGGAAAAUCAAGAAUAUUAAUUCAACGGAACAGAGAAUCAGUGGUCUCUGUCCACUAACUCCAAUGGAGGUCGGAAUAUUUCUUCAAGCUCUUGGAUUUCCACGGUCUACACUGAUAUAUAUUGCUGCUGGGGAAAUUUAUGGUGGUGAGAGACGCCUGUUGGAGCUUACAUCUCGCUUUCCAAACAUAGUAUUCAAAGAAAUGCUUGCAACUCAAGAAGAACUGAGAACGUUUUCCAAUCAUGCAUCGCAGACUGCAGCGCUCGAUUAUAUUAUCUCUGUAGAAAGUGACGUUUUCAUUCCAUCACAUUCGGGUAACAUGGCAAGAGCAGUUGAAGGUCAUCGUCGAUUCUUAGGGCACCAAAAAACAAUUACUCCAGACAGGAAAGGCUUAGUUGAGUUACUUGAUAAACUGGAAGCUGGACUGUUGGAAGUGUCAUCUUUCUCCAGCCUUGUGAAUCAAUUGCAUAAAAACAGGUUUGGUGCACCUCGAAAAAGAGGAGCUGCGCCACUGGGGAUCAAGGGCCGAGCACGAUCAAGGCUGGAGGAGUCCUUCUACCAAAACCCAUAUCCGGAAUGUAUUUGCAAGUCGGAAACUGGAAUGAGGUGAAAUGAAGAAACUGCAUUUUCUUAUAAAAAAAAAAACAAGAAAGAGAGACGUUUUCUGCCUUAGUUGGAGUCCUCUCUUGACGUGAAAGUGGCAGUGAGCCAUCCACAGGCCAUUUUUAGCUAUCUUACUUGCCCUGCUUUUGGGAUUUAGCAUAGGUAAUUUUACUUCUAACUUGUGACAUUUACUAUAAACGUAACGUGUUAUCGUUGAUUCAAAUUUUGUAUCUCGUUAGUUCAGAAGGGACUGAAAGUGAAACUUUGCAACCUUCAUUGCAAUUGGGAGUUGGGAUAUGUUUUCAAGCAGCCUAUCCUGGCUUUUGGUUGGUUA